GCAGCGGGACCGCUGAGCGCGAGGCUGUGCGUACGCAAGAGCCGACUGUGGCGAUGCCCGUGUGGACGAGUCGUCGCGUGAGUGAGCCGAUGGACGUCGCGAGCCGCGUCGCGUGCCGUGGCGAGGCGUAGCCGAGUGCGUUUCAGCUGGCCGAGGAUGCCGUCGUGGCGGCCGAGCGAAGCUGGCGAUGCUCUGCAAGGGCCGGGCCGCGCGUCCAGCUGAAUGAAAACAAUCGGGCGACGUGACGGGAAGUGCGCCGUCGUGCGCGCGCGGGUUUGUGAAGUGAGCAGUGAAGUUGCCGUGACGAAAUGAUAAUUAUUGGCUGAGCGAUUAGCGAAGCCCUCAAGUGCUGUCUGUGUGUUUGUGUGCGUGUGGAUCGUCGCUGUUUUGUGGAUACCCGACGGAUUACUCGACUACCAUCUCCCCCGCUGCAGUCGCCGAGUGCAGCAGCCGGAGCAGCCGGAGUGGAGCGAGGCGCCACCCCUCUGUCGAGUCGACGCCACCCCCGGUGCGCGCGGCCGGCGCAGGUCUUCCCCACCCCCGCCCCGCCCCCGGGCGCCACAACAACGCACUCGCUCUGCGCUAGCACCAGGGCGGUGUGCUGACGUCGGCUACGUGCUCGUGGCCGGUGCCCGACGGCUGUUGGUGUGCGUGGUGGCAGUGGCUGUCCUGGGGCUGGAACGGCCUCCCCAGUGUCGUCCGCGUCCUGCUGCUCGGGCUGGCGGCACACAUGCUGGGCGUUCUCAAGAGGAAAUGGAAGCCUAAAAGGGCGACGAGCAGCAGCAACGGCCACCACCACAACAACAACCAGAAUGGCAGACUCCAGGAGGCGCCUCCCCUGGCGGCCGGCCUGGCCAGCGUGGAGGGCCGCACCGCGCCCUCCGUCAGGCAAAUCCACCCCGUGUACGGCGAGAAGGCGCAGCUGCUGGCGUACGAGAACGAGCAGGACGCCCUGCUGGGCAGCCGCCUGCAGGGCCUCCAGCACGAGCUCCAGCACGCGGUAGCGGCCAAGGCGGCGGAGCUGCAGCAGCCGCCGCCGCCGCUGCCGCCGCUGCCGCCCCUGCCGCCGCCCGCGCCCCCCUACCUGUCCAUCCCGCCGCCCGCGGGGCCGCCGCCGCCGCUACCCCCCGCCUACCCGCUGGCGCCCAACAUCUGCGUGGAGGGCGGGCGCAUCGAGUUCAUCCGCCCCUCGCUAGAUGGCGCCGGCGACGACGCGCCGCCCCCGCACCACCACCUCCUCCACCACCACCUCAACCAGCACCAGCAGCAGCACCACGGGCCGCCGCCGAUACCCCCGCACGGCCACCGCCGAGCCGGGAGUAGCGGCGGCACCGUGUCGCGCGCCCAGCAGACCGUCGAGGACGACGCGCACUCCGAGGAGAAGUGCGACCUCGCCAAGGAGAGCCUGGAGGCGCGCGUGUCGGAGCUGGAGGCGCUCCUGGAGGCGGAGAGGCGCUGCUGUGCGAGGGAGCGCACCAGCGUGCAGCGGCUGCAGCGCCAGCUCGCCAAGCGGGAGGCGGUGCGGCGAGAUGUUGACCGCGAGAGGUACCUUCGGCUGGACUCUGCGGCCGAGGCGGAGCAGUGCAAGGCGAGGCUCGCCGCCCUCCAGCGCGAUCUGGCCAGAAUGGAAGAGGCCCUACGGUGCAUGCUGCAGUACAAGACCCGAUGCUCGCAGUUGAAGCAGGACAAGGCAACCCUCGCCGCAGCGUACGAGGCGCGGAUACAGCAGUGCCAGACGACGAUCAGCAAGCUGAGCCAGGAGAACGAGGCGCUCAAGAAGCAAGUCAAGAGUUUGGAGGCACAGCAACAGGGCGGCGGCGCUGUGCAGGCGGCGCUGCUGGAGCGGCUGCGCGCGCUAGAGGCGGACAACCGGCUGCUGUCGGGCGACGCGGAGCAGCAGCGGCGGCAGUACGAGCGCUGCCUCGACGAUGUGGCCAACCAGGUGGUGCGCGCACUGCUCUCGCAGAAGGGCCUGCGCGAGGAGAUCGGCGCCCUCCAGCACCGCAUCCGGGAGCUGGAGACGCAGAACCGGGCGCUCACCACGCUGCUGGUGCAGCAGGCGCACCACGGCGACCAGCAGCAGCAGCAGCUCAAGCAGAUCACCGCUGGUGAGGUGACGGCGCCGGGUCUGCCCGGCCUCGUCGACGACAUGGUGACCCUGUCCAAGCCGCGCCUGCGCCGGCCCGCCGGCCGGCACCGACCCUCGCCGACGUGCGGCGUGAACCACCCCGCCGACCCGGCGGCCGCUAUCCUGGCCGCCGUGGCAGCCAUCGACCCGGCACUGUGGCUGCAGGUCUCUCGGCCGCAGUCGCUGCACCUGGUGCCGCCGGUGGAGGGCGCGCAGGAGGCCAGCGCGGUGCGGGCCACGGUCAGGGAGGCCUGCUCGGCCGACUUGACCGAGUCCACGACCGAAGUCGGCAGCUGGAAGCAGGACGACCAGCAGGCGGCUACGGACGUGGAUGCAGAGCUCCCCUCAGAGGUGGCCGUCGAGGCCGUGGCGGCGGCUGCCGUGGUGGAACGGGAGGACCAGGACGGCAGCUCCAGCCCCGAGAGCAGCCCGGAGAGCGGCAACCGGGAUGAGGGCUACUCCACCAUGUCGAGCGACGUGCAGGUGGAGGCGUCCUCGCGGCUGUGCGAGCCCACCACGGCCUCGGCGCUGCACGCCAACGGCCUCGGCCAGGAGCUGGAGGAGGUCGAGGAGGAGGCGGAGCAGGGCGUGCUGGAGGCCGUGGCGGAAGCGAUCACUGGCGGUGCCGUGCCGGUGGGCGGCGGGGGUCGUCUGCUGCUGCUGGACCUGCAGGCGCUGAGCGCACGACACAGCUUUCCGCCUGCCCGAGACCUGCAGGCCGCACUCCGCAACAGCUUCUCCGAUUCGCACCUGUGCCUGUCGCGGCUGCUGCAACACGCUGCGUCCUUCGCGUCCACGCCCGCGUCCUGCCCGGCGACGGACAAGGUUCUGCUCGUCGACCUGGGGGACGUGGGUGCGGGGGCCGGGGCGGGGGCUGGGAGGCAGCACCCCCUACGGCGCGCGCGGGCCACCCCAAACCUGCUGCCGCCCCUGCCGCCACCCCCACCGCAGCUCGGCUCGGAGGGCGAGGACGACGCCGACCUGGCGGGCGACUGGUGGGACGCCGACUACGUCCAACACUGGCUGAGGCUGGACGAGACGAGGUCGGCCCUCCAGCAGCGCCACCGGGAGGCACUCGAUCUCGACCUGGAGUACGACCAGGCCGAGCUCGAGGACUGGAGCCUGUCCCUGUCCUGCGAGGACCUGGACACGCCCUGGAGAAGGCCCCCGCACAACGCCACGCAGGCACCACCAGAAGCGACCCCCGCCCCCGCGCCGCAGAGCCAGCUGCCAAGCAUCCAGGAAAACAACUCACAGGAAUUGGAGGAGGACUCGAGCGAGUGCCUGUGGAACAACGCGAGCUACAUGCAGCCGGCGGGCGGCGCGGGCGCGGGUGACGGCUGCCGGGACGGGCUGGGCGCGGGGCUGGUGAACGGGCACGCGGCCGCGGCCGGCUGGCCGUACGCGCUGCAGGCGCUGCCGCUGCUGGACCAGGCCGACGCCAUGAUCUCCAGCCUUGCCGUGAACGCGGCGGGCUCUUCACCCGGUGGCAGCUGGUCGUCGUCGGCCGCCGCGUCGGACUGCUACGACUGCUGCCUGAACGGCUGCCACGGCGAGGACGGCUCGUCCAAGCGCUCGUCCGCCGCGCUCAGCGGCUGCAGCGACGAGAGCGCCGCCACGAGCGCGGCCAGCCGGGAGUCGCCCACCGUCGGCACCGACUUCACCCGCGACUUCUACCGACUAGUCAAGUUCGAGAGCACCAAGAGCCUGGCCUCCAACUCGUCGUCGCGUCACUCGCGGGGCCAGAACAGCGACCACAACAACAUCAACAACAACCUGCCCGCGUCCAUGGACCGCGAGCAGGCGCUGCAGAGCGUGCUCAAGUUCAUCGCCGAGCAGCAGAAGUACUGCCUCUCGCGCGAGGAGCAGGACACUGCCACGGAGCAGCUGGGCAGCCGGCCCGUCUCGUACUCGUUCAGCGUGGACGACGAGCACGCCGGGGCGGGCGCGGCCGAGCCGCCCGAGUCGCUCGACUCCAUGGAGAUGCGGUCGGAGCCGCGCUCGCUGUCCAACUACAGCGAGGGUGACGCCGGCGACGUGGACACAUCCGGCAGCGAGGCCGUCCACCGGGAGAAGAACAACGACGCCGAAGUGGUCGUGGACGCCCACGACGAGAUAGUCGCGGUCGACAUGGUGGCCUCCACCGCCGCCGCCGGGGGCGCUCACGCCUCGCCGUCACCGGCUCUCCUGCCCACGGUGCUGGAGGACGAGGAGCUGGACACGUCGCCCUGCAGUCGGCGGCAUGCCGUCCUGGAACACGAGGAACCGUCGUCCACGUCGACCUCGGCGUCGUCUGUACCGUCCGUGCUGGUGUGCGACGCCAACGACAAGGCUGUAAGCUUCCACGAGAACGCCACCUCCAAGGACGUCAUUGACGAGCUCAACAGAAUGAUCCGGAAGGGGGAAAGCGAGGAGGCCGUUGUUGCUCCGGGCGGCCCGUCGCGGCCCGAGUCCAGCCAUGGGGCGUCCGAGGCCACGGCGGCGGCGUCGACCUCCUCCAGCAUCGACAGCGCCGCCCUUUGCUGCCCCACCGGCUGGGUGCACGUGGAGAGAGAGAUAGACUUUACGGAUCCCAAGGCGCGGGCCAACCUGCUCGACGUGAUGCUGGCCUCGAGUGGCAGCGGCAGCGGCAGCUCCGGGUCCAUGAGCAGCAGUGGCAGUGAGAGCGGGGACGCCGAGGACCUUCCCGGAGACUACCGGCACCUGCAUCGCCUGCACCGGUUCCGACGGCAGAAGAAAGCCUCCGCCUUCCGCGAGCCGUUUGGAGUGCUCCGCCUCCCGGCGUCCAGCCUGCGGCCUUCCAUCAUCGGCCGCGACGACUUCUUCGUGCGCUACGGCGAGAAGGAGCGCGAGGCCAUCUCGAGCUUCGACUUCCUCGACGACAUGUCGACCGCGUCCAUCAGCUGCGCGUCCGGGGCGUCUUCCACGCUCGGGUCGUUGCAGAAGCUGGACGCGUCGGCCGUCACCGACCAAGCCGACGACGACGGGCGGGGCUCGACGCCGACGCCCCAGGCGACUGAGGGCCGCGACGAGCGGACAGGCGGACAGCUGUGUCUCGGCGACUCCCUGUCGGGCUCGAGGUCGAGCCUGGACGACCGUGGUCGACAAGUCGAGAGUUUUGUCUUGUGAUAAACUGACUGAGGUGAAUCCGUGUAGAAACAUCCAAGCAUAUAGUGAGUGCCGCUCUUGGGGAAUAAGGCGAGCUUUUGCUGUUAUGCCCUGUACCGUGAAUCUUCUGGUCUGUGCUGUUGACUCAAAGCGACCAUUUCAGAUUCCUGCGAAAGGAAUAACCAAAGGCCGGGAUGUGACCUAGAGCCGCGUAGUGUGUUGGCAGACAAAUUACUAUUUCUGUAUGUGACUGAGAGAACCUGGCCACAAAUGACCAAUGAUAUCAUUUUCAAGAUUGAGAGGCUCAGAAAUCUCUCAUAUUUGAAGAGAAAUUGUGAACUCAUGCUAAACAGGGUGAGCAUUCUAAGCCGUCUUUUUUUUUUUUUUCGAGGUCUGCUUGCCCGUGACCGGACGCGGCUGGUCCCAAAGCUCGCCUGUCAGCUUGAAAUCAGCUGAAAGUACAACCCCCCCCCCCCAUUUCUUACUAUUGUAUACCUCAGCGGGAAGGAUGACUUAGAAAACGCACCCUGUAUUAUUAUAACGCUGAUCUGACAUACUGAUGAUGAAAUGUUCUUACAAAUAUUGUGCUACUUGAAUAACUACAAAUAGUGCUAUAAGAUGAUAGUUGAUGGACCAUGUGAUAUGUUGUUACAAAUUGUUUUACCUAUACCCAGGCUCCAGCUUUGUCUUAAAAUUUGACAGAAAAUAUACUAUAUGCUUUUCAUUUUAUUUACAGCAGUCAAUUUUUGAGAAGAAUAUUUUAAGUACCUGUUUUAAAUCAUUCUUUUGUGUAUAAAGUUAAUACUCAGUGUACAUUUCUAAUAUAGUAUGUAUGAUGAAGGCAAGACAAGCUUCUGCUGUACAUAGGUUCCAGAUUCCAUGGAUGGUUUUAAAGAUGCGUAUUAUAGUUGUGAUACUUUGAUAAACCAAAAUAAAUUUAGUUGUUUAAGAGAAUAAUCAAGUUGGAAAGGUACACUGAACAGACAAACACUCAAUAGAUGAUUCUGAAGGAUUUCUACUGCAAAUUUAGCUUUCAAUCACAUUCACAUCUUGCAAAUUGCUCUACCAAUUCAAAUUAUUAGUGUGAGUAUACUUCAUUGUUAAUCUCUGAGUUGAAAUAGACAUUAUGAUAAAAAUAGAAAAUUAUAGUAAAUGUCAAUUCAAGAGGAGAUACAGCAUUCAAAGCAGCUACCAAAAAGUAUUGGUUCUUAAGAAAUGAGACUAAAUUUAUCACACAUGGAUUAGUUUAUUGCUUUGAACUAAUAUCAAUUAAAACCUCUCAAUUUGUAUUGUCUUAAACAUAUUGACUGUACCUAGUUACUCCUAGAUUGUGUACAUUAAUACCCAAGCGUUUAUAUUUCUAGUAAUAUUUAGGAUUAAAAUGUGUGAUACUAUGUAAAAAUAUACCCUGCAUCAGCUGUUAUUUAUUUAUGGUGCAAAAGGUAGUACAAGGCCUACUAUUAAUGUUUAGUGUCACAUCAUGUGAUGAUUGGCAAAAUAAAGUCUUUUUCCAAAACU